AUGCACAUAAAACAGGUUAUAAUCCAAGGAUUCAAGAGUUAUCGUGAGCAAAUUGUGGUAGAACCGUUCGAUAAGCGGCACAAUGUAGUCGUUGGACGUAAUGGUUCAGGGAAGAGUAACUUUUUCCAUGCUAUACAAUUUGUAUUAAGUGAUGAAUUUUCACAUCUCAGACCAGAGCAGCGACUUGCUCUGUUACAUGAAGGGACAGGACCUCGAGUCAUAUCUGCCUAUGUGGAGAUUAUUUUUGAUAAUUCAGAUAAUAGAAUUCCCAUUGAAAAAGAUGAAAUAUUCCUGCGUCGAGUUAUUGGCUCAAAGAAGGACCAGUUCUUCCUCAACAAGAAAGUGGUGCCUCGGUCUGAGGUACUCAAUCUUUUAGAGAGUGCUGGCCUGUCAAACUCUAAUCCGUACUAUAUUGUCAAACAGGGUAAAAUUAAUCAAAUGGCUAUUGCGCCUGAUUCACACAGGCUGAAGUUACUACGUGAAGUGGCAGGAACCAGAGUAUAUGAUGAACGUAGAGAAGAAUCUGUCACAAUACUCAAAGAAACUGUUGGAAAGGUGGAGAAAAUUAAUGAAUUUCUGCAAACAAUAGAGGAACGUCUGAAAACAUUGGAAGAAGAGAAGGAAGAAUUGAAAGAGUAUCAGAAAUGGGACAGAGCACGACGCGUUUUAGAGUUUAUUAUACAUGACACGGAGCAUAGGGAAAAUAAACGGAAACUAGAAGAGUUAGAGAAAAUGAGGUCUAACAGUGGCAAAGAACAGCAACAUUAUGCUGAUCUGGUGAGAGAGGCUCAAGAUCAUGUGAGAGAAUCAAACAGAAAACUAAAAGAAGCUCGGAAAGACGUGGCAGCAGCUCGUGAAGAAAAAGACAUACUGUCUACUGAACAGCAACAAAUGCUGCGAGAGAAAACUAAACUAGAGCUUGGCAUUAAGGAUUUGUCAGAUGAUGUGGAUGGAGAUAAUAAAUCUAAGGAAAGAGCCGAAGCCGAACUGGAACGUCUUCGCCAGCAAAUAUCAGAGAAGGAACGUGAGCUGGAAGAACUAAAACCUAAAUACGAAGAGAUGAAGGCUCGUGAAGAAGAGUGUACAAGAGCUUUAGCAUUGAAUCAGCAGAAAAGACAAGAGUUAUAUGCAAAACAAGGUAGAGGGACACAGUUCACAUCGAAGCAGGACAGAGAUCGAUGGAUUGAAAAAGAACUCAAGUCUCUCAACAAACAGUUAAAAGAUAAAAAGGACCAUGAAGCUAAACUCCGGGACGAUCUCCGACGUGACGCGACGAAACUAACUGAACUGGAAAAAAGGAUUGAAGAGACUACGAAAGAGAUGGAGAGACAAAGGGUUGCUAUUGACGAACACAAUAAACAGUACUACGAAUGUAAGAAGAAAAAGGAUCAAGAACAGAGCGCUAGAAAUGAACUUUGGCGUAAGGAAACUUCGCUAACACAGAAUUUAUCAUCUUUAAAAGAUGACUUGUCGAAGGCUGAUCAAGCACUACGAUCUAUGGCUGGCAAGCCUAUCCUGAACGGAAGGGACAGUGUGCGCAAAGUGCUCGAGACGUUCCAGGAGAGAGGAGGCGAGUGGGCCAAGAUUGCCACUCAGUAUUAUGGACCCGUCAUCGAGAAUUUCACAUGUGACAAGACUAUUUAUACUGCUGUUGAAGUGACAGCUGGUAAUCGUCUAUUCCAUCACAUCGUAGAAUCAGAUACGGUCGGCACAAAGAUUCUGAAGGAAAUGAACAGGCAGAGUCUCCCGGGAGAGGUUACCUUCAUGCCUCUUAACCGAUUGCAAGUGAGGGACAUGGUGUACCCAAGUGACAAUAAUGCCAUAGCCAUGGUACAAAAGCUAAAGUACGAUCUGAAGUACGCAAAGGCGAUGAAGUACAUAUUCGGCAAGACGCUCAUCUGUAGGAACCUGGAGUGUGCCACGGAGUUGGGCAAGCAGUUCCACCUUGACUGUGUCACCCUGGAGGGAGAUCAGGUAUCUUCCAAAGGAUCUCUAACCGGUGGUUAUUUCAAUCAAUCCCGUUCACGAUUAGAAAUGCAGAAAACUCGGUCUGAACUAAUGGAGCAAAUCACCACCUUGGAACAAGAGCUGAGUACCCUGAGACAAGAACUGAACAAGACUGAAACCAGUAUCAACACCAUUGUGUCAGAAAUGCAGAGGACAGAGACUAAGCAGGGGAAAGCUAAGGACAUCUUCGAUAAGGUAAAAGCCGACAUUCGCCUAAUGAAGGAGGAGCUGGCCUCGAUAGAAAGGUUCCGCGGGCCUAAGGAGCGGUCUCUGGCGCAGUGCCGCUCAAGCCUCGAAGCCAUGCAGGCCACCAAGGAGGGGCUGGAGUCAGAAUUACAUCAGGAACUGAUGGAGCAGCUAUCGACCGCAGACCAGGGCAAAGUGGAUGAGCUAAAUGACGCGAUACGUCGUCUCACUCAAGAGAACAAAGAAGCGUUCAGUGCUAGGAUGAACUUGGAAGCCACCAAAAACAAGCUUGAGAAUCUGCUCACAAACAACUUAAUUAGACGCAAAGAUGAAUUGGUGCAAGCUCUGCAAGAGAUAUCUGUGGAAGAUCGCAAGCGUCGUUUGGCGAACAGUAAAGCUGAUCUUACAGCCACCGAGAAACGUAUCAAACAGAUUAACAAGGAGCUGGAAGAAGUAGAGAGGAAAGUACAAGCCGCUGUCAAGAACGAAAAAGCUUUGAAAAUUGAACUUGAUAAGUGGAGGAAUAAGGAAAAAGAAGCUCAAGACAAAAUGGAGGAGGAUGCGAAAGGGCUGGAAAAGAUGGCAUCCAAGGAAGUGUUGCUACAGGAGAAGAUACAAGAGUCUCUCGACAAGAUUGCUGCCCUGGGAACAUUGUCUAAUGCACCCGAACUACACGCUAAAUACCAGAAGAUGUCCCUCAAACAGCUUUUCAAAGAGCUAGAAAAAGCGAAUCAGCAUUUGAAGAAAUACAACCACGUGAACAAAAAAGCCUUGGACCAGUUCAUCAGUUUCUCAGAACAGAAGGAGAAGCUAUACAAACGUAAAGAAGAACUUGAUAUUGGAGGUGAGAAAAUAAGAGAGCUCAUCGAGACCCUGGAACACAGGAAGCUCGAAGCUAUUCAGUUCACGUUCAGACAAGUUAGCAAGAACUUCACCGAGGUAUUCAAGAAACUCGUACCGCAAGGCAGAGGAAGUUUGAUUAUGAGAGUAGCUCCCGAUGAUCAGCAAGAGGUCAAUGCCGACCGCGCCAACGCGGACCAGUUCACGGGCGUCGGCAUCAAGGUGUCCUUCACGGGCGGCGAGGGCGACAUGCGCGAGAUGAACCAGCUGUCCGGCGGACAGAAGUCUUUGGUCGCCUUAGCUCUCAUCUUCGCCAUACAGAAGUGUGACCCUGCACCUUUCUACCUAUUCGAUGAAAUCGAUCAGGCUUUGGACGCGCAGCAUCGUAAAGCGAUCGCGAACAUGAUCCACGAGUUGUCCACAUCGGCGCAGUUCAUCACGACCACGUUCAGGCCGGAGCUUCUGGAGCACGCGCACAAGUUCUACGGCGUCAAGUUCAGGAACAAAGUGUCCCAUGUUGAGUGUGUCACACAAGAAGAAGCCAGAGACUUCGUGGAAGACAGUGCGACUCACGCCUAA